AGUGUAGCCCCAUCAGUGCCACCUUCAAUGCCAGUCAGUGCUGCCUAUGAGUGCUGCCAAUCAGUGUUACCUAUCAGUGCCAGUCAGUGCCACCUAUCAGUGCCAGUCAGUGUUGCCAGUUAGUGCUGCCUAUCAGUUCCCAUCAGUGUCGCCUAACAGUUCCAGUCAGUGCCACCUAACAGUGCCAGUCAUCAGUGCUGCCUAUCAAUGCCACCUAUCAGUGUCAUAUAUGAGUACUGCUUUUCAGUGCCCAUCAGUAAUGUCUGUCAAUGCUUAUGAGUGAUG